AUGAGUCAGACCUAUUAUUACAUCAUCAAUUUUACCAGUACUGACAACGACCUGGAUGCCGGGCUGCUGCUGCGUAAAUCAGCCACAUUUACAAUGGGUACGGGAGGGCUUAAGGAGCAGCGUUUGCUGGCUGAAGUGGGGAUUUUUUAUUUUUUCACCCUGCAACCGGACACGCAGACGGAAGUGGUGCAUUUUGGUGACAGCCAGGCAGCGCUGACGUUUGAUAAGACGCUGGCGAUAAACAGUCCGUCCGGAAUGAAUGAUAACAGAGCGGAUUCAGUGUGGGGGCUGAAUGUGACGCACAAUGUGGCAGAGGCUAGUGUCACCACAAAGGCUUAUAACCAUCGUGAAGCACAAUAUCUGUUGCAGUCCGCCCCGGCAGACAUGACGCAUGGUGAUGGUGACGGAAUUAACUAUGGUGAGGUGUACCACUACCAUUUCCGUCAUCUGGAACGGGGGGAUAAAAUCGACCCGGUGCCGGAGACGGCCAAUUUUUAUGCCCGCCUUGGUCAUGAACGCUAUCUGGCGGAGCAGGUACGGAUAACCGGUAACAGUACAGACGCCACGCUGGCACCUGCUCAGGUUCUGACUAUCACCGACAGUCUUCCGCCGACGUUGCCUGCGCUGCUGCGCAAUCCGGUGUUGCUUACCUGUGUCGGUUUUUCUGCAAGUCGCAAGGAUGCCCUGCAGGUUGUACUGAAGGGCGUUCCUUACAGUGAAGUUAUCUGCUGGCGUCCUCCUUUACUGCCCCGUCCGAAAGUUACCGGUACCAUGACGGCCCGUGUGACCAGUGCAAAAGAAGGGGAUAUCUACGCCUGGCAGGAUGCAUCAGGUAUGUACCGGGUGAAAUUUGAUGCUGACCGUGAUGAUAAAAAUCCAGGACAGGAAAGUAUGCCGGGAACGGAAGUGGCCAUUGCUUUUGAGGAAGGUGAUCCGGAUCGUCCCUAUAUUGCGCAUGCCCUGCAUGAUUCACGUCAUGUUGAUCACGUUACCGAUAAGAACGGUACGCGCAAUGUUAUCCGUACGCCAGCAAAUAACAAAUUGCGAAUGGAGGAUAAGCGCGGCGAGGAGCAUAUCAAGCUCAGUACCGAGUAUGGCGGUAAGACACAACUUAAUCUUGGCCAUAACGUUGAUGAGGAGCGGGUGGUUAGAGGAGAAGGUGCAGAGUUGCGCACUGAUGAUUGGGUGGCAAUUCGGGGGGGGAAAGGGAUUUUAUUAAGUGCCGACGCUCAACCAAAUGCUGAUGGUGUAAUGCUUGAUAUGCAUAAAGCUAUACAGCAGUUGGAACAUGCUCUUGCUCUUGCAAAAAGCCUCGGCAAAGCAGCUGAGACAGCAAAAGCAACUUCGGCAGAUUCAGAUAGCCAGUCUAUUUUGAAAAGUGCGCUGUCCGGGUUGCAAAAACCAGGGAUAUUAGCACAUUCACCUAUGGGAAUUGGUGUGGUAACUCCAGAAGCAGUACGGAUUGCUUCUGGAAAUCAGAGUGUAGGAAUAGUUUCUGGUCGUAAUACGGAUAUUACUGCAGCUCAGUCAGUAACUGUUGCGGCAUCGAAUUCUGUCAGCCUAUUUGCGCAAAGUGCGGGGAUGCAACUUUUUGCAGGGCAGGGCAAAGUGGAUGUGCAGGCUCAGGGAGAUGCGCUGAAUCUCCAGGCACUAAAGGACGUCACAGUUACUAGUAAUCGUGGUAGUGUAACGUUAAGCGCUAGUAAGGAGUUAACUCUUGUUUGUAAUGGUGCUUACAUCAAGAUCAGUGGCGGAAAUAUCGAACUUGGAUGUCCAGGAACAUUCAGUAAAGCCCAUGCUCCUGCGCAAAAGAAAUGCUGGAUUGAAAUUCAGCUGGUUGAUGAGAAUGAUAACGCUGUAGCUAAUAUGCCAUGGCGAGGGGAGAAUGAAGCUACUCGUGAUAAAGGACCAACUCAAACAAAUUCAGAGUUUGUCGAGUGGCCGUGA